AUGGCCACCAUGUGGAAAAUCAUGGAGACUCACCAUGAGCAGCAGUCAAAGAUUGCGAUGUUACUGAGACAUGUAGAUAGUUUCCAGUCUCCCGUAGAAGCAACGAGACACAAGCACAAUCAUGAUAAAACACGCAAGUUGCUUGUUGUUUUGCGAGAGUGGCUGUCACAAUUUGACAUUUUGAUGAACAAUCAAAAGAAGUGCAUAAUGGCCCUGAACAACCAACUAGAAAUGAGGGAUGAGAUUUCUGAAAGCCUUCCCAUACAAGUUCUUCUUCAAGCUUGGCAUUGUCGUUUAGAGAAACUUCCUCAACAGUAUGUCAGGACAACCAUAGCCAACUUUGCUGCUGAGAUAGAUAGUAUUCUCCAAGAGCAAGAUAAAGAGAUGGUUCUCAAGAGAAAAUGUGAGGUGACAAUUUAUGAAUAUGCCGAGAAAAUUAGUAGGCAAUUAACGGAGUGGGAGAAAAAGUAUGAGGAAAGACUAGAGGUGUUAGGCCCAAACAUGGUAGAUCAUCCUCAUGAGCUUGUUAGAGAGAUCCAACUAAUGAAGAUCAAGUUGGUUGCAGCGAAAGAAGAUUAUGGAAGGCAGUGUCUACACGUGACCCAAAAAUCAUUGAGUAGUCUUCAAACUCACUUGCCAAAGCUCUUUAAGGCAAUGUCAGAUUUUUCUCUUAAGAGUUCCAUGAUGUACAAUGAAUUAGCAGAUUUGUGA